AUGGUUAACCCUGCGGAACUGUCGGCUAUUUCUCUUGGGAAGGAAGGCCAGUCGAUCAAAGAGCCUGUACCAUACAAGGAUAUUUGCCAAGACCGAUGUAUGCAGGCCGUUCUGCUAACGACAUUUGGUGGGAACACAGCGUUCUUCAUUUUUUUGCAUUACGGACCAACAUUUAUAAACAAGGCCUUGGGCUUGGAUAUAACUGAGACCGGAUUCGCCACAGCAUUACCGUAUGCUUUAUGCCUGAUGCUGAAAUUCGUAGCAGGACCACUAUUUGAUCAUAGUACAUUCAUUUCCGAAAGAAAUCGAAUGGUUAUGUUUGCAUCACUGUCACAAGGCGUUAUGGCAAUGUGUUUCUUCGUACUUUCACAGGUAAAGAUGAACCGAAAGGACCUUUCCCACUUUACAACUUUGUAUAGGCGAAUAUUUUAA